GCGCGCGUUCUAACUUCUAAGAUGUUAAGUCUCCUCUCCUAUCCUAAGUCCUAACUCGUAAGUCGUAACCAACCUCCUCUCUUAUUUAUAUUAGCAGAAAUAAAUGCUUGAACAUAAAUACCCCCGACCUUCUGUCCUCUUUCCGGAACACGCAGCACAAAACACAAUCGACUCGCCGGAGAGUGGACGAGAAUCAAGAGACAUCUCGUCGCUAUGGAUAUCCUGAGACAAGAAUUGCUGAAGAAGAGGAAAAGCUUGGCAGAAGACGUCGGAGGCAAGAAAGUCUUCAAACGAUCCGAAAUCGAACAGAAGAAACUCCAGAAACUUCGUGAAGAAGAGAAGCGCGAGUUAGAAGCCAAAGCCCUCCGCGACAAGCAGCACAAUUCCUCCAGCACCUCCUCCGGCGCCACCGCCUCCACCACCUCCUCUUCAAACCCUAAUUCCAAAUCGGAUCUUCCUUCUUCCGCCUCUGCUUCCUCCAAAGCACUAGAAACCCUAACUGACGAGAAAAAAAUCGACGAACUCGUCCUCCCUAAACAAGAAGUAAUCCGUCGACUCCGAUUCCUCAAGCAACCUAUCACCCUCUUUGGUGAAGACGAUGAAGCGCGGCUCGACAGGCUUAAGCUUAUCCUCAAGGCCGGAGUUUUUGAGGUUGAUAGUGAUAUGACGGAAGGACAGACGAAUGAUUUCCUUCGAGACAUUGCGGAGCUAAGGAAGCGGCAGAAAACGGGGAUUUUGAGUGACCGGAAGAGGAAAAACAAGGAGGAUGGGAUUGAGGAUGGAGAGGCGGGCGGAGGAAGCGCUGAUGAUGAUUUGAGUGGAGAUGGAGGCUCCUCUGGUGUUGACAAUGAUAAGGAUUUGAAGCGGAUGAAGGCGAAUUUCGAGGAUUUAUGUGAUGAGGACAGGAUUCUUGUAUUCUUUAAGAGGCUGUUGAAUGAGUGGAAUCAGGAGCUCGACGAAAUGCCAGAGGCCGAGAAGAGGACUGCUAAAGGGAAAUCGAUGGUUGCCACGUUCAAGCAGUGUGCCCGGUACCUCAAUCCCCUCUUCAAGUUCUGCAGGAAAAAGGUUCUUCCAGAUGAUAUUCGUCAAGCAUUGCUGGUGGUAGUUGAAUGCUGCAUGAAGAGGGAUUACUUAGCUGCAAUGGAUCAGUACAUCAAGCUGGCCAUUGGAAAUGCACCCUGGCCUAUUGGUGUGACUAUGGUUGGUAUCCACGAACGUUCAGCCCGGGAGAAGAUUUACACCAACAGUGUGGCUCAUAUCAUGAAUGAUGAGACGACUCGCAAGUAUCUACAAUCUGUGAAGAGACUUAUGACAUUGUGCCAACGGAGGUACCCUACAAUGCCAUCCAAGGCUGUUGAGUUCAACAGCUUGGCUAAUGGGAGUGACCUGCACUCCCUUCUGAAUGAAGAAAGGGCACAAAGCUCAGAGGAAAGGCUGCGGCUGAUGCCCGCAUCCAAGGAUAGCUAGUUACCAUACAGCACUAAUUUUACACUGUGAUCAAAGUCUUUGAAUCAACUUUUUUGUUUUUUUAUUGAGUGAUUCUUAAGUUAUUAAUACUUAAAUAGAACCACAACAGUGAAGCCUGCAUGAGUCUUGUCUAUUUGUGCACAGAUUCAGAAUACCACACAAUUCGUGUUAAUUGGGCCCUUUUGGCAUUGGCUUUCAUAAUUUCAAUCACAUUGUAAUUUGGGUGUCUA